AUGGCACCCAUGAUGUGGGAACGAUUCGAGGCGGACUUCCGCGAUGCCUCAGUCCAGUCUCUAGCAACUCUCCUGCAUCCGCAGUCUGGAAUCACGAGCCGUGUCCGAGAGUUGGACAUCCUCGAAUCUACGCUUUCAGUUGAGGGAGCGGAUCGAGCCAUGUUAUUCAUCGCAGCAAUCCCACGAGAUAGACUUCGUCGCUUCGAAAGCACUUGGAAGGUCUCAGCCCUCAUAUUCCAAUUGGAAGCGUGCAUCGACCAGAUCUCGUUCCUGAAAGGUCUUUCAUCCUUUUACACCAGUAAUGUCGGCAAAUUGGAAGAUCUCAUUGUCAUUCUUCCCAUGGAACUCACAGAGUCAGAGAAUACUGUACAAGCCAUAGAGUUGCUACUCAAAACCUGUCCGAAGCUCUCCGAUCUCCAGCUAGACUUGUCUGCACACAGGUUGGUUGCCAAACAUAGUGUUAUGGCCCACCAUAAAACACUCGAGUCGCUCAUGCUGGGAACUGCAGAUUCUGGAAGUGGCAGGUAUUACUCUGCCGCAGACCUGAACUCUAUACUGAAUGGUUGCACCAAACUAGAAGCAUUGGCAAUAGACAUGCCACCACUAGAUUUGGGUCCUAUCUCGAAGCCUGUAACUGAUUUCAGUUCUAAUGAAGAAUAUGGGCAUGUGCUGGCCGCAGUCUCUGCACCACCGGCAUUACGAGUCUUCCGGAUCCUAAAUCGCCCCGCUUUUGACAUCGAGGAACCCUUGUCAGAUGUGCCAGUCAAUCAGGCCGCCGUCUUCUGUCAAGUCGCCAUGCAAAACUUUGCCAACCACAUUCUCCGCUUCGUGGUUGACAAAGGAUCUAAUCUACAGGUUCUUAGCAUCAAGCCCAGUGAGGAGGCAGAUCCAGCGGUAUAUGGCACAGUGGUGAAGGAUUCGAAUGGACAUCGAUGGCCUGAGUACAAUUACAUUCGGGGUCACACCACCGAUGUCACAGGUACAACCACUGUGGUUGCGCAUCCCUCGACGAACGUGGUAUUGGAUUUCCCUGAUCUUGCAGAAUUCAUGCAAUACAUCUAA